AUGAGUGAAAAAUUAAAUACUUAUUCAUGUUCUGUUUGUACAUAUGUACAAUCUAUUGAUGUAGCAAAAUGUGAAAUGUGUGAAACACUGAAUCCUCUUCAUUCCAAACAGACAAAAUCAGAUGAUUUGACUUAUAGUAAUGGCACAAUCCGAUGUCCGAUAUGUACUUUUAUUAAUAAUGGUAACCAUGUUAGAGUUUGUGAAGUGUGUGGACACGAAUUUGAAUCUGAUAAUAAUCCCUCUAAAAAAUUUCGAGUAGAUACAAAUGAAGAUGAGGAAGAAGAAGAAGAAGAAGAAGAUGAUGAUGAUGAUAAUUUUUAUGAUUUGGAUGAUGAAAUAUAUGAGUCAUCAAUGCCACAAAAUAAAGAUAAGAAACAAAAAGUUAUUGAAGCUGUAGAAAAACCAAUGAAUGAUAAUGAAUUAAAAUUAUAUUAUAAUCAAUAUAUAUCUGUACUGAAAGAACAACGACAACAAACAAAAAAACUUUCAGAUAAACAAUUAAAUGAAAUUAUUUUACAACUUUUUCAUUCACUUCAAUAUAAAAAUGAACAACCAGAAGGUCAAUUGCUUUUUCGACAUUGUCAAAUUUGUUAUGACAAAGAUGAACCUGUAAUUACAAUGAAUGCUUGUGGUCAUCGUAUGAUAUGUCCAGAUGAUUUUCAUCAAUAUUUAUCAACACGUAUUCGUGAUGGAGAUCUUCUUCCAUGGAUUCCAUGUCCUGCAGAAAUAUGUAAUGUUCCAUGUGAUGCUAAAAAUAUAAUUGAAGAUGGUCGUUUAACACAUCCGGAACGUCUAUCAUUUAUAACGACAUAUAUGUUGAAAAAAUUAUCUCGUAAUGAAAAUUUUAUUACAUGUAUUCAAUGUCAACAAGGUGGCUUUCUUCAAAUUGGUCCAUCAAAAAAACAAGAAGUUACAUGUCAAAUAUGUAAUGUUAAACAAACAAUUGAAAAAGGAUCAGAUGGAGAUCUUGAUAUAGCUUUUAAACAAAUGAUUCAAUCAGGACAAUUACGUGAAUGUCCAACAUGUCGUCUUUUAACUUUAAAAGAAAAAGGUUUAUGUAAUGUUAUUGAAUGUGCUAAAUGUGGAAUUUGGUGGAAUUGGAGAACAAGAGAACAAGGUCAUAGUGGAAAAGAUCUAAAACAAAGAGCUCGAAUGAAUGGAACACUAUGGGAACCUGGUGAACUUCGAUAUCAACAAGAAUUAGAACGAAAUAAUCCAACUGAAUUCAAAGCUUUAUUAGAACGAAAUGGUGUUAAAUAUGAUCCAAAUUAUAUACGUGGUGGAUGGAAUGAGGACUAA